UCAGUCGCGGCAGACGCUCGCCAUCGCGCAGUGUGACAGCCUCGGCCCAGCAGCCAGAUGCGAGGGGCCUUACACCUCCGGGCCGUCCGCUACACUCCCUCCUUCCAUAACCGGGCGAAACGCUUCAAAUCUCUCCGGCUCCGUACGAACGGAAACGGGACUAGUUAUUAAAUUGCGUUUUCUCGUCAACUCACGGGCAGUACUUUAUUUUCAUAUUUAAAUCCGGCAUCAGUGCAGCCUAACUAUAUACAAGCAUAAUAGAUAUUAAUGCGAUUUGUGCGUGUGUGGUUAAAUUUUAUUGUGAGGGAGAGUGGGGAUUAUAUGGGGGGGGGGGGUUAGUCGGCGGUGAACAGGCGCUCCCUGACCCGAGGACCGCCGGCGCAUGCGCGGUGGCAGCGGGGUUUGAACCGGGAGGCGGUUGGAUCGUGCCCGUUAACGGUCGGGGCUGGGAGGUUAAGCAGGAUAUUGCAAUAAUGCCCUCAAACAAGUUUGUACUUAAGUGUGGGAACUUUGCAGUUCUGGUGGAUCCUCAUAUUUUGCCUGAAGGAGCAAAUAAAGACACCAGCUGGUUUACUGAACGCCACAAGGAGGAGAUAAGUGCACUUUUAAAGGAAAAUAUUGACUUAAGGAUCAAGCAAUACCUUGAAGCAAGAAAACAACAUGGAAACACACAAACUAAACCGAACAAAGAACUUGCACCCAAUAAUCCGCUUUGCAUUAAAGGUCAAAAUUUCCAUCUUGCAGCUUACUUCAUGAAGAGACAUGCAAACUUGAGAUGUGUAACAAAACAGCAAUUUUGUGGACUUACCAUAUUCCCUGAUCGUUUUGUGGUAUGUUUGACACCCUGUGAAACUGGUCCAAAGAAAAGAAUGGCUGAGGAACAAAUUAUUAGUUCCAAGCAUGGAGCUUCAGAGUACUUUACUGGUGAAUCAGAAAUGAAAGAGCCUUGCAAUGUCUCAAUCUCAAUUCAAAAGAAGAAAGAAGCUUUGAAGCAAAUUGUAAAAAAAAGUUGUUGCACAAAAAUGGAAAACUUUAACAAAGCUGACUCUAGUGGUUUCUUGACAAAAGCACUGCUUGGUGUAACAGAAGAUGAGCAGGAUGUAGCCCCACCUGCUGCAGGUCUCAGCCAUGAGAUUCAGGAUAUAAAUACUGGUAGAAGAGAAGAUUAUGUGAACUCAGUUCAAAGUAAGUUACUUCCUGUCAUAAAACUGGAAAAAUAUAUUAACAAGAGGCAGCCAGCUCAACAGAACUGCCAACAACAACCUCAAUCUAUUGAACAGCUGAAGACAGGUUUGAAAAGCACAGCGGACGACAGUGAGUCAGCACUGCAGAAUCUUAAACAAAAUGAAGCAAACAAAAAAGUACAAACUAAACGAAGGAGAGUCUCCUCUCAAAAUGGAACAAAUGUUGCUGUGAAGAUAAUUUCUGGAGAGACUCCUGCAACCCCUGUUGAGGUUACAAUGGAGAUGAACUCUCCUGAGUCUUUAAGAAAGCCAUUAAAGAAAAAAACAUUAGUAAAACCUAAUUCACAUUCUAAAAGGUCAGUCAAAGGUAAACCAGACUGCCUUGUCCUCACCGACAGAGAUGCUGGUGGAUACUUGUUUUCUACAGGCAGUUCUCCCCAAGACUUCUGCCAUGUAAAUACGCAUAAAAAGAGAAGAUUAACAGUACAGAAUAAACUGACAAGAAAGUCAGAGGUGGCACCUUCAAGUCCUUCUUGUUCCAAGUCUCAGAAUUCUGCCACAAUAUUGAUAAAAGACAAAUCAGAGAAAGAAAAUCUGCCAAGAAAAUCAAGACUUCGAAGGCCAAAAAAGGCUGGAACUUUCAGGAGUGACAGUGUUGCUAUGUGAUAGUUUCUAAUGUUUGGUAGUUAGUGUUCGCACGUUACAGGACACAAUUAACGUUGUGCAUUGAUAAGUUAUUUUGUAAAAGCACAUCAUUCUCCUGAAUUACCAAGAUGCCAGCAGCAUUUUUUCUGAGGUUUGACGUGUAGUCUAGUAGUAAAUUCAAGCCUGGAUAAAUUGCUCACCUUUAAUUUAGUCCAAUCUUCUUUUCGUAGUCUUGAUUUACAAAAGGAAGUCAUUAUUGCUGUCCAUAAUGCUGUCAAAUUUGUUGCUAAUCUCAAUAAUAUUAGUUUACAAAUGAUAGGCUUCAGUGUAUGUGUUAUAAUUUCAUUUUAAAAUUUAUUCUUUGCUAUCUUAUUUAGUAUAUUAUUGCCAUUCUCGCGUUUGUUCCAAUUUGUAUUUCACAUUAAAAGUUUGAUUAGAUUUGC